GUCCGUGAACGCAGCUCCGUCACUCGGACCUGCGUCACCAGCUCCGCUCCGUCUUCUUGUUUGUUGUUUAUUUAUUUGUUUGUUUGUGUUUAUUUAUCGGUUCCGGUUCCGCUGCUGCUGCCUCUCGGAGCGCCGGUUAAACAAGGUUUGAGUUGUUCUGAGUCUGGUUUCACUUGGACUCCAUCGAUCCUCCAGCCGCUCCGCCUGCAGCUGCACCAUGCGUGUAUGAUGACUGAGAGCAGCUGCUAUGGCCUGCAGCAGCCGUGCAGAAACCCUGGAGGGGUUCCAUGAGGUGAACUUGGCCUCGCCCACCACACCUGAUCUUCAGGGGCUUGUGUCUCCCGCCUCGCCGCUCGUCACAGCGCCCCCCCCCACCUCCCUGUACCGCACCCACUCUCUAGGAGCUGCCCCCCCCGGGCGCCCCGCCUCCCUGCGAGCUGACCAGCUCCCCACGCAGCCCGUGUACUCCACGCCCCGGCACAGCCACAAUGGAAGCAUGCCAGGCCUGGACCCGGAGUCCGCCGAGGGCAACUUCCUGUCUGGAGAGGAAGGGGAGGAGUGCAGCGCUCUGAGUGACAGCCUGUCACGUCUGAGGAGUCCGUCAGUGAUGGAGGUCAGAGAGAAAGGUCAAGAGAGGCUGAAGGAGGAGCUCGCCAAGGCCCAGAGGGAGCUGCUGUUGAAGGAUGAGGAGUGUGAGAGGUUGAUUAAAGUCAGGGACCAGCUCGGCCAGGAGCUGGAGGAGCUCACCGCCAGUCUCUUCCAGGAGGCUCACAAAAUGGUCCGAGAAGCAAACGUGAAACAGGCGCAUGCUGAGAAACAGCUGAAGGAAGCUCUGGGAAAGAUCGACGUGCUCCAGGCGGAGGUCCAGGCCCUGAAGACCUUGGUGCUCUCCUCCCCGACCUCCCCCGUGGGCGAGCUCCCCUCUGGAGUGAGGAGCGGCUUCAGGAAGGGUCACAGCAGGAACAAGAGCACCUCCUCUGCCAUCCUGGGGACGCAGCCCGACCCGUCGGCCACGCAGCCCAUCGUACGCGAGUGUAGAGAGGUGGACAUCCAGCUGUUCGGCGAGUUCAAGGCGUGGAGGGAGGAGCCGACGCUCGACCGCAGCUGCUGCUUCCUGGAGCGAAUUUACCGAGAGGACAUCUUCCCGUGUCUGACCUUCAGCAAGAGCGAGCUGGGUUCGGCCAUUUUAGAAUCUGUGGAGCAGAACACGCUCAGUGUGGAGCCGGUCGGGUUCCAGACGCUGCCUGUGGUCAAAGCCUCGGCGGUGGAGUGUGGAGGACCAAAAAAAUGUGCCCUGAGCGGUCAGACCAAAACCUGCAAGCACAGAAUCAAGUUCGGAGACUCGUCCAACUAUUACUACGUCUCUCCCUACUGUAGAUACAGAAUCACAGCAGUUUGUAACUUCUUCACCUACAUUCGUUACAUCCACCAAGGCCUCGUCAAACAGCAGGACGCUGAGCAGAUGUUCUGGGAGGUGAUGCAGCUCCGCAGGGAAAUGUCCUUGGCCAAGCUCGGCUUCUACAAAGAUCAGCUGUGACGGACACCCCGCCCUCCCUGAAGCCCCGCCCCCCCACCUGAUUCUGGCUUCCCCGCUCUCAUCCGACCAUUUCAGGAAACUUCCUCUUCCUCCCCCCCCUCCCCCCCCCCCCCCCGUGUGAGUGUGAAUACCUGUGGUUGUUUUCAAGCAUCACAACAAACAUGACUCCUCCGGAGGUUUGAUUCCAAAACGUCUCGUUUCCUUCAUGAAAACCUGAAACACUCCGUUAUGUAAAGAAACUGAUUUACGUUUAAAAAUCCGUCUCAAGCUUCAACAUUUGCUUUUCUCUCACUCUGCUCAGAAAUUAAAUAUUAAAACCCUUCAGUCAGUCAAUGAGUAACACGGCUGCAAUAAAUCUUUUUACAUUCCUCAGUUAAAAGAACAGCGUCAGAUUAACGAGCAUUUCUUCACAAUCUGAUUCAAGUUGUAAUUUUACAAGAAAAUAUAGAAUGUUAAGAGAAACUAGUAAUGUAGAGUAAUUGUAUAUGUAUUUAAUGAAAAAUUGGAAAAACCUGCGAUGUUAAAAAAUUUGUUAUAUUACUCUAACGUUUUUUAUUAUUUUCAGUAUAAAUUUUUUUUUACAAAACUGAUUAUUUGUCCUAAAAACCUUUGACUUAAGUUUCAAAUCAAUUCUCAAAUUUAAGCUUUUUCUCAAAAUAACUUAUUUUCCUUGUAAAAUUACAACUUUUAGAUUCUUAUUCUUCAUAAAACAACUUCAUCUGUACAACUUCUUCACGAGUUUUUCUAACAGUUGUUCCUUUAAAGUCUCAAAGAGGCCGCGGUGAAAACACUAAAGACAAAAUGACCAAGUUUUAAAAGACGACCAAACAAUCAUUAUUUAAUAAGUUAAAGUCUGUAUAAGCUUUAUUUUUAGUUUGCGUGGGAUAUUUUGUUUCGUCCCCAGUUGAAGGAUGUACAGUUGCACAGAUAAUCAGAAGAUCACAACAACAAACAUGAGUUUAAAAAAUAUAAACAUCACAUUUUUAUCAUGAUUUCCUUCAGUUUGUUUCAGGAUCGUUGUGUUUAAGGACAAAACCAAACUGUUAAGACUCAUUGUGACGUCUCCAGACUCGGACCCUUGUGUUUAAUGAAUUGUGUAGAUAGUACAACGUGUGUGUGUGUGUGUGUGUGUGUACGUUAGUACGACUGUGAACUUUCUACAUGUUGAUUUGAACCUGACUCCACGGCUCCUCCUCCCAGUCAAUGUCACUCUCCCAGUUUGGUUUAGUGCCUUUUCUCUCAGACACUCUGAAAUAAAAACGGUGAUACCUCUGGAAA